AUGCAUGAAAAAAUUCACACGGGAGAAAAACCCUUUCAAUGCUCAACAUGUGCAAAAUGCUUCAAAACCAACUCAGACCUUUCCAGCCAUGAAAGAAUCCACACAGGGGAGAAACCCUAUACAUGUAAAGAAUGUGGAAAUAGCUUUUCACAUAGUUCAUCCCUUAUUAGGCAUGAAAGAAUUCACACAGGAGAGAAACCCUAUACAUGUAAAGAAUGUGGAAAGAGCUUUUCUCAUAGGGCAACCCUUAUUACGCAUGAAAGAAUUCACACAGGAGAGAAACCCUAUACAUGUAAAGUAUGUGGAAAGAGCUUUUCUCAUAGGGCAACCCUUAUUACGCAUGAAAGAAUUCACACAGGGGAGAAACCCUAUAAAUGUGCAGAAUGUGAAAAGGGCUUCAGCGAUAACUCACAGCUUAUUAAACACCAACGAAUUCACACGGGAGAGAAACCUUAUACAUGGGAGAAACCCUUUCAAUGCUCAACAUGUGCAAUAUUCUUCAAAACAAGCUCAGACCUUUCCAGCCAUGAAAGAAUCCACACAGGGGAGAAACCCCAUGCAUGUAAAGAAUGUGGAAAAAGCUUUUCUCAGAGGGCAACCCUUAUUACGCACAAAAGAAUUCACACAGGGGAGAAACCCCAUGCAUGUAAAGAAUGUGGAAAGAGCUUUUCUCAGAGGGCAACCCUUAUUACGCAUGAAAGACUUCACACAGGGGAGAAACCUUAUAAAUGUUCUAUGUGCAGUGAAACAUUCCGUUACAGUAAUCAGCUUGCAAGACAUCAAAGAACUCAUGCACAGGAGACUCCCUAG